AUGCUCAGUUAUAAAGUUGUUUUGUCCGCAUUAGGUUUGAUAUGCUUGAGCGGUUGCGCCUGGGCUGGUUCAUAUGGUGUUGCUCCUGUUCCCGCCUAUCAAGCCGUCUACUCUGCACCCGAAUAUUCCUCACCAGAUGCAGCUGAAGCUGCUGCCUCCGCCAUUACUGAUAUUGCAGCCGCCAAGGCUUCAGCUGCCAAACUGGGCCCCAAUGUCAACUGGGCUGCUUUGAACCAUUAUGGUUAUCAAAUUGGUGUACCUCUAUUGGUGAGAAAUUACGGACCCUUGACCAGUUUAUACUCGGCCUUGGCUCCAAAACGUAGUUUUGUGGGUACUGUUGAUGCAGGUUUCCAUAAAGAUUCUUAUGGCAAUGUUAAAUUCAGUGACGAAUAUGCCGUCGGUGCUAUUGCCAUUUAA